AUGCCGGGUGUCAGCAUCCCAGAGCAACCGGAGAUGUUGGAUCUUGUGAAUGCCAGCGUCAGGGACCUUGUCCACGCCCUUGAUAUCGGCGCGGUGACAAGCGUUCAACUCGUGUCAUGCUAUCUCAAUCGAAUCGGAUAUUUUGAUUGUCGCGGUCCUUCCUUGAACUCGAUGUGUGUUCUGAACCUCAAAGCUUUGGAAGAAGCACAGGAAUCAGACGACUAUCGUGCAGGUGGCCGCCCACCACGGCCCCUCGAAGGGAUCCCCUUUACGGUCAAAGACAGCUUCAUGAUCAAAGACCUGACCGUUGCAGCCGGAUCUCCCGCCUUUGUUGAUCUUGUCUCGUCGCAAGAUGCAGCUGUUGUUACCAUGCUCCGGAACGCCGGAGCUGUGGUGAUUGGCAAGACAAACAUGCCAGCAAUGGCAGACGGUGGACCUCAACGAGGUCUAUAUGGUAGGGCAGAAAGCCCUUAUAAUCUGAAAUAUUCCACCACUGCCUAUGCGUCUGGCUCCUCCAAUGGCUGUGGAACUUCUACCGCAGCCAGCUUUGCGGCAUUUGGCUUGGCUGGAGAGACUGUUUCUUCUGGUCGGUCGCCUGCCUCGAACAAUGCCCUCGUUGGGUACUCCCCUUCCAGGGGAAUUAUACCCAAUAGAGGCCAAUGGCCGCUUUAUCCAACGUGCGAUGUCAUCGUUCCUCAUGCAAGGUCCAUGGAAGAUUUGUUCUUUGUACUCAAUGUCAUUGCGACCGAUGACCCAGACGCCAAAGAAGAAAUCGAUUUCUGGAGGAACCAAGGAUUCGUUCCAAUCCCCAGAGCAGCUGAACUUCGCCCAAAAAGCUAUCACAAUCUGGCAGACCCCAAUGCCCUGGCAGGAAAACGCAUUGCUGUUCCCCGAUGCUUCAUUGGCGCAUCUUCCGCAAAGCCUUUUCACGUGUGUACUGAGCCAGUACAACAGCUCUGGGAGAAGGCCAGAGCUACCCUGGAAUCUCUUGGAGCAACAAUCAUCGAGGCCGACUUUCCACUCCUCGAGCAGUAUGUGAAGCAAGACUUCCCGGGGCAAAGUUGCAAUAUCCCUGGCAUAUCGAAUGACUGGACCAGCGUUGAGCGUUGUCAAAUGAUUGCCACAGCCUGGGACGACUUCCUCCGCAUAAACGGUGAUAAAAAUUGCCCGAACCUUCUCGCAUCUGAUCCUCACAAGAUUCACCCUCACAUUGCACCCAUGGACGAUCCCUCAAACCACACCGAGGCUCAAAAUCAAGUUCGGUACCCCGAGAUGUUUGAAUUCGUGAGAGAUAGGGACCACACACUAUAUACCCUUCCUGGGGUCGAAGGGGCAGUCAAAGCCUUAGAAGACAUGCGGAAGAAGCAGUUCGAAGAUUGGAUGGACAUCAAUGACUUUGACCUCCUCGCAUUUCCCACAAAUGGCGAUGUUGCGGCAGCAGAUGCCGACGAAUAUCUCGAGUCGAUGACACAUGCACUUCAAGAUGGUGUAAAGUAUGCCAACGGAGGUCGAGCCAUGAAGCAUUGUGGAAUCCCAUGCAUCACAUUGCCCAUGGGCACAUUGCAGAAGCAACAAAUGCCCGUGGGGGUGACUUUUGCAUGCAGAGCAUACUCAGAUAACGACAUGCUGCGAUACGCAUAUGCCUAUGAGGCAGCUUCACAGGCUCGGACUGCUCCAAAGUUGACGCCGCCCAUUCCAUCAGAUCACAUACCGCUUGUACCUUCCGGCACAGGAGCUUCACGUACAGCCAAGCCGAUACUUGAGAUAUCCUCCUCAACAUGUAUCCCGAUGGAGGCGUCUGAGCAGAAUAUCCGUUGUCGACUCUCUGUGGAGGGUACUGUACGAUCAAGCAACUCUGAAGUUGGCGUGCGCUCCGUUGAAAUCUUUGUCGACGGUACCAAGCUGUUUAGUACUUCUCCUCAGUACGAGAAUUGGAGAUGGGAAAGUUGCCUCUCUCGGCCCAAGGUUGUCGACCGUUUCCCGACACUCGCGAAGGUUCUCAAGGAUCAUCACCUCGUGCUCAUUGUGGCACAUCUGACAAACGGAAGAAGUGCAGCGUCGAUGUUGCUGGUAAACUAG